AAGUAUAAUGUGUACUCAUAAUAACUUUGAAGGGUUAGGAUGGAUGUAACAGACCGAGCACAGGGACCAAUCCGUGUUAAAGAUGAGCUUGCUGAACGAUGCCAGAGACUAUUCCUGUCAUUCCUACAGGAAUAUGAGAUGCCUGGCGGUGAGGGUGAAGCAAAGUACGCUCCCGAUGUUAUAGAACUAGUAGCACCUGAGAGAAACACACUGACUAUCAGCUUCAAGGAUAUUGAAAGUUACAAUAGAAAUCUAGCUACCACCAUACAGGAUGAAUAUUACAGAGUGUACCCCUUUCUGUGUAAAGCACUAUCUACACACAUACGAAACGAACAUCCUGGCAGCGUGCAAGAAAAGAAACAGUUUUACAUCAGCUUCGUAGACUUUAUGGGACACACCAAGAUUCGAGCAUUGACGACCAGCAAAGUUGGGCAGCUCACCAAAAUAUCCGGACAAGUGGUCCGAACUCAUCCCGUUCACCCGGAGCUUGUUUCCGGAACAUUUGUGUGCAUGGAUUGUCAAACAUCUAUUCCUGGGGUUGAUCAGCAGUUCAAAUAUACUCAACCAGCCGUGUGCAGGAACCCUGUGUGCGCUAAUCGUAUCAAGUUCAUGUUGGACAUCAAUCAGAGCAAAUUUGUGGACUUCCAGAAGGUCAGAAUACAAGAGACCCAGUCAGAGUUACCGAGGGGCAGCAUCCCUCGGUGUGUUGAGGUUAUUCUGAGAGCUGAGGCUGUCGAGUCUUGUCAGGCUGGCGACAAAGUGGACUUCACAGGAACGCUGAUAGUAGUGCCCGAUGUGAACUCUCUUGCGACACCUGGUGUACGACAGGAACGUGGCCCUAGUAACAGAGGUGACAAUGCUGCAUCUGGAGUUGUGGGACUCAAGGCUCUUGGUGUCCGAGAUUUAAGCUACAGGAUGGCUUUCCUUGGAUGUGGUGUCGAGAAUACCGUUCAGACCGAAAUGACAGGAGGCAUUGACCCAAAUUCGGAGCUGACAGAGGAGGACGUUCGAGCUCAAGUGUCGGAGAGGGACUUGUUGAGAAUCUACGAAAUGAGCAAAGACAGGAAUAUAUACGGGAACCUGGCUACCUCUAUGUUCCCUACUAUCCAUGGAAGUGACGAAAUAAAGAAGGGAGUACUGCUGAUGUUGUUUGGGGGAGUAGCUAAGAAGACGAUUGAAGGGACGAGUCUGAGAGGCGAUAUAAACUUGUGUAUUGUGGGAGAUCCCAGUACGGCGAAGAGUCAGUUCCUCAAACAGAUAUCAGAGUUCUCGCCUCGCUGUGUAUACACCUCGGGUAAAGCCAGUACCGCAGCGGGUUUAACCGCGGCGGUUGUCAGGGACGAGGAGUCUCAAGAGUUUGUGAUAGAGGCUGGCGCCUUACUUCUGGCUGAUAACGGUAUCUGUUGUAUAGACGAGUUUGACAAGAUGGACGUUAGAGACCAGGUAGCAAUACACGAGGCAAUGGAACAGCAGACAAUAUCCAUUACAAAAGCGGGAGUGAAAGCUGUCCUAAAUGCUAGGACUAGUAUUCUGGCUGCUGCUAACCCUAUCGGAGGCCGGUAUGACAGGAGCAAGUCGUUACAGCAAAACAUCCAGCUCUCAGCGCCCAUCAUGAGCAGAUUUGACUUGUUCUUUGUGCUGGUGGACGAGUGUAACGAGGUGACGGACUAUGCUAUUGCUAGAAGAAUAGUAGAUCUUCACACACGACAGCAAGAGAGUGUUGAGCGCGAGUACACCAUGGAGGAGAUACGUAGGUACAUAGCAUUCGCCAAGAAGUUCAAACCACGAAUCACCAAAGAAAGUCAGGAGUUCAUGGUUGAAGAAUAUAAGAAGUUACGACAGAGGGACGCUAAUGCCAUGUCUAAAGCCAGCUGGAGGAUAACAGUCAGACAGCUGGAGAGUCUUAUUCGGCUGAGUGAGGCGAUGGCGAAGAUGGUUUGCGAGGAUGAGGUUCUGGUAGGACACGUAAAGGAGGCCUUUAGAUUACUCAGUAAAAGUAUUAUACGAGUAGAAACUCCUGACAUUAACUUGGAGGAUGAGCCAGAAGUCCCUGAACAAACAGACGAUGCGAUGGAUGGAGAGGAGGGUGAACAACUCAGGAUAACUUUCGAGGACUACAGGAAGAUAAGUAACAUGCUGAUACAACGUAUGAGGGACUUUGAGGACCAGGAGAAGAAUAAAGAUAGUGAAGAAGGGGCACUAAAGAAGAAGGAGUUGGUAGACUGGUACAUCUCACAGGUAGAGGAAGAGAUAGAGGGGGAACAAGAGAUGAUAGCCAGGAUGAAUGUCACCGAGAAGGUCAUUGAGCGGCUCGUCAAAGUGGAUAACGUUUUGCUAGAGAUAGGAGGAGGAGAAAAAGGAGAGAGUCCUUACCUCGUCGUUCAUCCUAACUACAUCGUCGAUUAAAUUUCCUAGCACACGUUUUUAUUGCGUGAUAAUGACGUGAAAAUUCCACUUUUUAUUAUUUUUAGCUUUUUAAACUGAUAUUUAUUUGAUAGCUUUUAAUGACGAGUUUUCAUGAAUAUUUUUAAUUUUUGAUCAAUAAUUAAUGAUCGAAGC